ACCAGAUACUGUCCAACAUGUUGUCCAGAUUGAGGACAACCAUAUCCCUGCGGCCUUGUGUCUCUGCUUGCAGAUGGGCUCACACCAAAGAGAAAGGCAAGCCACUCAUGCUCAACCCCCGCACCAAUAAAGGUAUGGCCUUUACUUUACAGGAGCGACAGAUAUUGGGGAUACAUGGUCUGUUGCCUCCCAAAGUGGAAACACAAGACAUUCAGGCCAUGCGUUUCCAGAAUAAUCUCAAGAAAAUGAGUGACCCCCUUCAAAAGUACAUCUACCUGAUGGGCAUCCAGGAAAGAAAUGAGAGGCUUUUCUAUAGAGUGUUGAUGGAAGACAUAGAGGAACUGAUGCCGAUAGUGUACACUCCCACUGUAGGCCUGGCCUGUACACACUAUGGACACAUCUUUAGGAGACCCAAAGGCUUGUUCAUCUCCAUUCGAGACAGAGGACACGUCCGCUCUAUACUGGAUAACUGGCCAGAGACCAACGUUGCUGCUGUAGUAGUAACUGAUGGAGAGCGCAUUUUAGGAUUAGGGGACCUUGGUGUUUACGGCAUGGGCAUCCCUGUUGGAAAGCUUUGCCUGUACACUGCUUGUGCUGGCAUUAGACCUGAGAGAUGUCUGCCUGUGGUGAUAGAUGUUGGCACAGACAAUGAGACUCUCCUCAAGGAUCCACUGUACAUGGGCCUGUAUCAGAAGCGAGACCGCUCUCAAGCCUAUGAUGAUCUUAUUGAUGAGUUCAUGGAGGCUGUCGUGGAAAAAUAUGGACAGGACACGCUGAUCCAAUUUGAGGACUUUGGGAACCAUAAUGCUUUCCGCUUCCUCAGGAAGUACAGGGAGAAGUACUGCACCUUCAAUGAUGAUAUCCAAGGUACUGCAUCUGUAGCCCUAGCAGGUCUAUUAGCAGCUCAGAGAGCUGUUGGCAAACCUAUCACUGAACACCGGGUGCUUUUCCUGGGAGCUGGAGAGGCUGCUCUUGGUAUUGCCAACCUUAUUGUCAUGGCUAUGAUGGAGACAGGAAUGAGCCAAGCUGAUGCUCAAGAUAGGAUCUGGAUGUUCGACAAAUAUGGGUUGCUAGUAAAGGGAAGAUCGCAGGCAACGGACACUAACCAGGAGGCAUUUGUUCACGACAGUCCAGGCAAUGUACAGAGCUUCCUAGAUGCUGUCAAUACCAUCAAACCCACAGCUAUCAUUGGUGUGUCAGGAGCUGGAAGACUGUUCACCCAUGAUGUCAUCAAGACCAUGGGAACCCUGAACGAACGACCAAUCAUCUUUGCCCUGAGUAACCCAACCACUAAAGCAGAGUGCACAGCGGAGGAUGCCUACACACUCACUGAUGGUAGAUGUCUGUUUGCCAGUGGCAGUCCAUUUGGUCCGGUGACUCUGAGUGACGGCCGUGUCUACACUCCUGGACAAGGGAACAAUGCUUACAUCUUUCCAGGUGUGGCCCUGGCUGUGAUCCUGAGUGGAGUGCGACACAUCAGUGACACUGUAUUCUUAGAGGCUGCCAAGACCCUGGCAGAGCAGGUGACAGAUAAAGAGCUUGAUGAAGGCAGACUCUACCCUCCUCUAUCACACAUCAGAGAGGUUUCGCUCCAGAUGGCUGUCAAGGUGGUUGAGUAUGUCUAUGCUAAAGGCAUGGCAUUCCGCUACCCUGAGCCUAUGGACAAGGACCGCUUUGUACGUGCAACUGUGUGGAACACCAACUAUGACUCCUUCGUGCCAGACACCUAUGACUGGCCAGGUGUCAGCUACAGCCCCAAGACUGAGUAGAAGUAGAACAAACCCUCUCUAUGUCCCAAGUCAUGAUGUCACUCUCUUCUUUUGUUUUCCACUUAAUUCUUCGUCAUAAUCUUUAGAAUGACCAUAGUUAUCUCAGUGGAAACGCCAGCUUAUUGAAAGCUUAUGGAUAUAAUGGCUCCAUACUGUUGCCAUGUUACUGCAUUUGCAUUCAGUCAGUCUUUAUAAAGUCAGUGAAAAGAUAGAGUGGAAGAUGGCACAUGAAUGGGAAUUGUUAUUUUCUCCUCACAUCUCAGCUCUUAUCACCUCUGCGUCACAUGUAAACCUGCACAGCACCUGGGGGCCACCUGGUGGUUGACAACAACAGUGUAGUAAUCAGGAUUAAC